GAGCGGACGCUUAUUUUCCGCCCAGCGGAAGUUCUCAUACUACAGUGAAAGUGAUAGAAUAAUCAAAACAAAGUACCCAGUGCCGCAGUAUUUCCAUUUUUUUCUGUUACGUCUCUCACAAUUGCCUCCAUGGACGGUGUACCGACGACGCUGCGGUGUUUCCGUGAGCGUCACUCCGUGGAGAUGUUCCGUGACGACGGCGUGGAGACCGUGACUUCACUGGAGCAGAAAAAAGUUGAAGCCAGUAUUGAAGAGGUUCUCAGUGUUUACAAACAAAUACACAGCGUCCCACAACCUACUUUGAUGCGGGACCAGCACUACCAGUAUCUGAGGAAGGGCUUACGUCACCUGUCUGAUGCCUACGAGUGUCUGGACGCCAGCAGACCCUGGCUCUGUUUCUGGAUUCUCCACAGUUUGGAGUUACUGGAGGAGCCCAUUUCCUCUGCUGUGGCCUCAGACGUGUGUCAGUUCCUGGCCCGUUGUCAGUCGGCGACAGGAGGCUUCGCCGGAGGACCGGGUCAACACGCUCACCUCGCGCCUACGUACGCUGCCGUCAACGCCCUCUGUAUCAUCGGCACAGAAGAGGCCUACAACGUUAUAGACAGGGAGAAGCUUCUAGAUUUCCUAUGGUCAGUGAAGCAGCCUGAUGGUUCGUUUGUGAUGCACGUCGGAGGAGAGGUGGACGUCAGGAGUGCGUACUGUGCAGCCUCUGUAGCUUCGCUCACAAACAUCCUGACAACAAAACUGUUUGAGAACACGCCCAACUGGAUCCUCAGGUGUCAAAACUGGGAGGGUGGUCUCAGCGGAGUCCCAGGACUGGAAGCUCACGGUGGUUACACCUUCUGUGGCACGGCUGCACUUGUCAUCCUGGGUAAAGAACACGUACUGAAUCUCAAAGCCUUACUGAGGUGGGUGGUGAGCAGACAGAUGAGGUUCGAGGGAGGUUUUCAAGGCCGCUGUAACAAACUGGUGGACGGCUGCUACUCUUUCUGGCAGGCUGGACUCCUGCCGCUGCUGCACAGAGCUUUAUUCAAAGAAGGAGAGUCGGAGCUCAGUCGGCAGAGGUGGAUGUUCCAGCAGCAGGCCCUGCAGGAGUACAUCCUCCUCUGCUGUCAGAACCCAGCAGGGGGCCUCCUGGACAAACCUGGCAAAUCCAGGGAUUUCUACCACACGUGUUACUGCCUGAGUGGACUCUCCAUUGCACAACACUUUGGAAACAACGACCUUCAUCAUGAAACGAUUCUGGGCAAAGAGGAGAACAGACUGGCUCCAACUCAUCCUGUUUACAACAUGUGUCCAGACAAAGUGGCCCAGGCUCUGCAGCACUUUCACCGACUUCCUGUCCCGGGCGACAACAGACACACGGAAGCUUCUGGAUCUGCUGGGCCUCAGUCUUAGCUCCUUCUCAUUGGAGACCAAAACCCCGACUCGACUGCAGUCCAUGUCCAUGUGACCCGGACAGUUCCUCCAGCUGGCCACGGCGGCGCUGUUAGUGGAUGAAAAGCUGAGCAGAAGCCGAGGAGUUAAAAAGGUUUUUCAGCUGAAGUUCAGUUUGAGCUGAAAUUGUUCUGCCUGUUGUUUUCAUUCUGUGAAACAAAACUUGGAAAUCUGUGAUGGUUUCAUUAUGACUGACAUUAAUAAAAAAAAAAAGUUUGUACAACUCUUUUCAUCACUGGUGUCAAAGCCUGAGACAUGUUGGACAGUGACAUCCCUUAGUUGUGCUUUUUGGGUCUGUUUGACAAACUAAAACAAUAAAGUUAUCUGGAUACUUAAA